GCAAAACAAACCACUCAAAUCGUGAGCGGACGCCCGAACGAUCGGAUGUGUACUACUGGUUCAAAUUCACUUCUAGAGGAUCGACCAUAUUAUAUCCAUGGAGGGAAUGAAAUUGACAUCGGGUUUCAUACUUUGUCUUCUAUUAUUUGCACACAGAAUAAGUGGUGAUACGAAAGUGUGCAGUGGAACAAGUAACUCACUUUCAAUUAUGAAUGAUGUAGCUGAACGUUACAGAAGAUUGACUUCCUUAUAUGGCAAACAGUGCACGCAUAUCAACGGUAACUUGGAAAUAGUGGGAUUGGAAGACCCGGAUGUAGACUUGACCUUCUUAGAAAGCAUCCAAGAAGUGAGUGGCUACGUUCUCAUUGCCCUGAAUUAUGUACCAACCAUGCCUUUGAAAAGUCUACGGGUUAUUCGGGGAAACAGUGACUGGAACACCAACGCUCUGGCAGUAGUGUUGAACUAUGACCCUAUCACAGAGGGAUUGGGAUUGAAAGAACUUCAAUUCUAUAACCUGCUCGAAAUUAGUGGGACUCACAAUGUAAAUAUAUCUUCUAAUCGUGAUCUUUGUUACGUUGACACUAUUAUCUGGGAUGAUAUUAUCGAUCCUUCUACUCAAAAGGCUGUCAUCAGAGGUGUAUCAAAUGGUAAAUGUAAAAACUGUGCAUCGGACUGUGACGGUCAUUGUUGGGGUUCUAAAAACUGUCAAGAGCUGACCAAAACAAUUUGUCACGCAAAGUGCAAAUAUCGUUGCAAAUCAAGUCGUAAACGUGAUUGUUGUCAUAGCAGCUGUAGUGCUGGAUGUACAGGACCGAGCAGCCAAGAUUGUAUGGCGUGUCGUGAAUUCGAGCACGAAGGGAAAUGCGUUGAAUACUGUCCCCCGACGUACGUGUACGACCCACAGUUCCAGGGUUCUUGCCUUGAUGCGUGCCCAGCUCACCUGGUAGAAAAUGAUCGACAUUGUGUACAAACCUGUCCAGAUGGGAAGAUUACUGUAAAGGGAAAAUGUCAUGAUUGUGAGGGCGUGUGUCCUAAGGUUUGUCCGGGGAUCGGCAAUCCAGAGUUUGGUGCGUUUGAAUACGUGGAUGAACGCAAUAUACAUGCAUUUCAGAACUGUACAAUAAUUGAAGGAAAUGUCAUCAUCUUACCAAGUACAUUCAACGGAGAUCCGUUUUUAGGAGUAGUUGGAAUAUCAUCGCAAGCUUUGGAAGUUUUCAGCAGUGUGCAGGAAAUCACUGGACAUCUGGCUUUACUCCAUUCCAGUCCUGAAAUGAAAGAUUUUUCAGUAUUUGGAAAUCUCCAAAUAAUUCGAGGACAAGAUCUGUACUGUAUUGCGGGUGCUGAUGAGUGCAAUGAUUGUAAAAACAUGAAGGAUGGUGAAUAUUGUCUUGAAAAGUGUCCAUCGAUGAAAUAUGCCAAUUCAAGAAAAUUGUGUCGUCCGUGUCACGAAUUUUGUUCUAUAGGAUGCACAGGGCCUUCAAAUGUGAGGAAACAUGGCGGCUGCAAAGCAUGUAUCAGGUCGAAAUACUUAGAUGACGGGACCGUGGAAUGCAUUGACCCAGCCGCGCCGUCUUUUAAAUGUGUAUCAGAGGAUGAAGAAGAAUGUCUUGAUCAAUGUACCGACUUGGUGGACGACCAAGACAGUCGGAUUCUGGAACUUGAAAAAGAAGUCGCCAUAUACCGUGAACAAGUUACGCACUUGAAUGAGGUUUUAAAAUUGCACUUCAUCACAGAGCACGGCAGGGAAUUCAAAGAAAGUGACUUGAAGAUCAGCUAAGUUUGUGAACAACUUGGAAAUAAAAUGAUCAAACAUUCAAA